AUGUCUCGUAUUCCGCAGCCUUCCUCUUCUCGGACAUCGUUGAAACCACCGACAACUCCGGGAAAGUCAAGGAUAGCCACAACCAGCUCGCCGUCUGCCAGCGCUGCAUCUACCAGAACGCGAACUAUUUCAACUGCUCGGUCUAAGACACCAACUAAACCCAAAGCUAAUACAAGCCCACCUCCACCUAAGGACCCUCCAGCACCAACAUUGAGCAUCAAAGAGGCCAUCGCUUUGAAACGAGCAGAAGCUAAAAAGGCACAAGCGAAAUUAGGAAGUGGAGCUGGGUCUCGUGGGUUGGAAGAUAUCGGGGACCUUGCGGAUGCUCUCCCAGAGGUGAAGCCUCCAGAAGAGGAAGACCUACUCGGAAGGUUACCUGUUCGAGAUACCAUUGAACAAGCCCGCAGUACAGCGUUAUUUGAGAUCCAUUUGGGCCUCAGUCCGGACCCUUUAAAAUCGGUUCCCAAUGAGCCGGUUCUGCCACCCUCCGAACCGAAACCAAACCGUAGGGGAGGUGACAAACCUGCGUGGUUUGAGGCUCAAGAUCUAACUGUCUUAAAGGCAUGGAACAACGACAUCCAGGAGAUCCAGCACGAAAUUUCUCUCUUUGGCUCUUUAAAAACCAUCGAUUUGCACAAAAACAAACUAUCAUCACUACCAAAUACGUUUGCAGACUUGACUGCAUUGACUGUUCUCGAUCUAUCCUACAAUUCUCUUACGACCCUACCCGACAAAAUAUUCGCCCUUCCAAACCUCUCGACGUUAAAUAUAUCUCACAACAUUCUAACAUCUCUUCCUUUCAACGCCCCUUUUGCCGGAACAAACCCUCGUUCGCGAUCAAACCACAGUACAAGUUCUGGAGGAUUUUUUACUCCCGAAGUCGUUCAUGCCACUACUCCCCUACCUCACCUCCUUGUUCUUGAUGCAAGUGACAACAAAAUUUCGGCCGAUUCUAUCGAUGACUCUAUUCCGGUCUCCUUAACCAAAUUAGAUUUGUCUGGAAAUCCACUUGGCCUUUCCCAAACACUCCUGCGCAAUUUGGCAUCCCUCAAAAAGCUUAAAGAGGUUAAACUUCAUAAAGCAACUAUAGGCGACGAUUCUUUCCCGCCUACUCUGUUAUCACAUCCUGCAUUUGCGUCUCUUCGAUUAUUGGAUCUAUCAGAGACACAAGUCACACACGAUGCAGCGAACCAAGCGUUGAAAGACGUGAAACAAGAUCUCAAUUUUGAUUUCUCGACGGAGGAUCCGCCCGAUGGCGUACUUCGUGUCUUGGUGGGCAAACAAAUAGCGAAAGAGCCCUGGGAGCUGGAGAUGGAACGGAAGGCUAAUGCGAAGAAGGCCGCCGCAUCCCAAGCAGCCUUAGAGGAUGAUUGGUUUAUUCCUGCUUCGCCAGGGGCACCUAGGGCAGCGGCAUCUACAGAAGUAAAGGCCAAGUCUCCACCAGCCAAAACGCCACCGAAAUCUACCAAGCCUAAAGAAGUCGUGAAAGAGGCAUGGGAGAUUGAGGCUGAGCAAGGCCUGCUUACAGAAGGAGGGCGACGAAGAGCGAGGGCUGCUGCUGCUGCUCAGGCUCAGGCUCAAGCCAAGUCGACGCAGACAGCAACUUCAUCCGAUGGCAAUGGCACUCCAACUCAGAAAUCUCCUUCGACGGGCUUGAGCAGUGCUGAGUAUUUCACUCACACCACUCAGACCCUCAAACUGCCUGCCUCUGCGCCUGCAACCAGCAAGGCUGUUGGACACUCGAGAGCAUUCUCGAUGGCCGCUCCCUCAGCGUCGUCGUUCUCGUCAACAGGAGCACCUAGCACAAGAGAUUUGAUCGUUCCUACUCCUACCUUACCUUUGUCAACCAUUGUCGCCCAACCAUUUGCUCAGUCGCUCAGGGUUCUUAUCCUCGCCAAUAGACGCCUGGACAGGUCCUUCGAACUCCCUGUGCUUCUAGAUAACAUCACCGCCAGUGGAUUUUUGCCUAACCUAGAGGAACUUGACUUGGAAGGCUGUAAUCUGAACGACCUAGUUCCUGUGCACCGAGCGGGUGGAUCAGAUGCCAGCACAGGGACGAGCUCUCCGCCUCGAAUCAACGAGCCCAUCAUUCCAACGUUAAGCAAGCUAUUUCCUAGCCUCCGGACUCUCAACCUCUCAUACAACGGCUUGACAAACGCGUCGCUUACUUCUCCGGCUUUGAUGGAGCUUAUACUCGCUUCACCGCAACGAAAGGGCCUUCGCCAUCUGCGCCUGAGGGGCAACAAGAUAUCAGAGUUGGACGGGUUUUUGGACUUGGCUGAGUCAUUCAAAGGAAACAGAGAGGUGCCCGCUUGGAAGAUGGAGGAGCUAGAUUUGAGGGAUAAUGAGAUCGGAAAGCUCCCUCCUGAACUAGGGCUCCUGCCCUUGGAUGUCUUUUUGGUGGAUGGGAACAUCUUCCGUGUCCCGCAGAGGCGUGUAUGGGAGCGUGAGGGCACCAAAGGGUUGUUGAGCUGGCUUCGCGGUAGGAUCGAAUGA